AUGCCCCACAAGCAUAAGAGAAAGAGAGGAGACGACGAGUCAGAGUUCAACCUCCCUCCUACCCAGAAAGCACGACCCUUACAAGUUGGCAAGAAGAAUGCGACAACGAAACCUGGCGCAGGAAAGAAUUCAAAAACAGCCAAGGAUGCUCCCGCGGACGCAAAGGUUAAGAAAAGCAAGAAGGCUCGCAAAGAGAACGACGCCCCACGAGCUUUUAGGCGACUCAUGUCUGUCGCGCAGGGCAGAAAAGUGAGGUCUGGACUCGACGAUGGCGAAGAUGCAAAGACGACGAAGCAAAAAUCAGAAGAGCUUAAGAUCCGCCCAGGCGAAGACCUUCGGGCCUUUGCCCAGCGAGUAGAUGCAUCACUACCGGUCGCGGGUCUCACUAAGAAGACGGCAAUCAAGGAUGGAAAGGACGAGCAGGGAUUCAAAGUCUACCGCACGCGAAAGGAGAGAAACAUGCACAAGCUUUACGCUCAAUGGCGAGAGGAGGAGCGAAAGAUUCAGGACCAAAAGGACGAAGAGGCAGACGAAGCGAUCGGACAGGAGCUUGACGAGGAUCCUACGGGUGCUGCAGCGAUUGCGCGAGCAACACUCAACGAAGCGACAGGCAAGAAGGUGCGGCGAAAGGGGGCCAAGGUUGACGACCCCUGGGAAGAGUUGAGGAAGAAGAGAGCAGAAGCCAAGAUUGCCGUGCACGACCAGGCGCAAGCACCACCUGAGCUCAACAAGAACAUGUCAAAACAGAUCAAGAUCAAAGGCGCUACCGCAAACGUUGCUGACAUUCCCAAGGCUGCGGGUAGUCUGAAGCGAAGAGAAGAGCUACAGGAGGCCCGAGCGGAUGUUCUGGAGGCAUACAGGAAGAUUCGAGAGCACGAACAGGCCAAGUUGCUGCGGGCAGGCAAAUGA